AAAUCCAAUCACUAGAACAAACUGUAAUGACUCCAACAAUUUAUUCUGAACUUAUUUGGGCAUUAUCAAGAAAAUCUUUAGUGGAUCUUGCAAUAAAAAAUUUAGAUAAACUUAUUUUACAAUAUAAUUAUAUACCAUCUAGAGAACCUCUUUAUAUUUUAUUAUCUUAUUAUGCUGAUUUGGGAGUUUAUCAAGAAGCCGAAUAUUUAAUAAAUAAAUAUUUUAAAUUUAUUACUAUACACGAACAAUCAGAAUCAUCACAACAAAAAAGUUGGCAAUUCAAUUUCUCUACAAUUUUGAUGAAGGCUUAUGUUCAAGCUUUACAUAAGGAAAUUUCUUUUCGGAUUAAAAAUCUUGAAGAACAAAUUAAAAAAAAUACAUCUUUGAUAACAUCAAAAGAAAACAUGAAUAAUCCUUUAAAUUACUUAACGAAAGAUAAUUUUACACAAAGUUCAUUUUACGUUUCCUGGAAGAAAUUAUUAAAUGAAGUGAAAUUAUCAAAUUCAAAAUAUAAUAAAGAUCAUUUUGAAUUAACGAUUAGAUUUCAUAUAUUGUCCAAUCAAAUUAAUCAUCAAGAAUUUCCUUUAAAUGAAGCAUUAAAUAUGAUUUAUGAGAUGAAAGGUGAUGGAAUUGAACCAACAUUUGAGACAUUUAAAAUAUUAUUGGAAGGUCAUGCUAAUUCACCAGAAUAUAAUUCGUCUAAACAAACUUUACAACGUAUAGAAAAUACUUUAGGAAUAUUUAAUAUGAUGAAAUCUUUUGGAUAUGAUAUGAAUAAUAUAGAGAUAUUUCAAACAUUACUAGAUUCAUGUAUUCCAAAAUAUGAACGAUUUACCGACAUAGAUUUUAAACCUAUAAGAUUAAAGAUCAAAGAGAAAAUCAAACAUAUAAAUAAUUUAAUUAAAAUUCAUAAAGCAAAGCAUAAUCAAAAAUCAAUGUUAACGUUACUGGAAUUAUAUGGAUGUAUACAUUCUUUUAGUGAAAUGAGACAUAUUUGGUUUGAUAUGUUUUUAUCUGGAUAUCAUCGUAAUUUAAAUUUUUACAAAACGUUUAUUAAAGCUUCUUCGCAAAAUAUACGAGAAUCAACUUAUUGUUUGGAUGUUUUAAGACAUCAAAUGUCUAAAGAAUAUCCUCCCGUAUAUCCUGAUUUAGAAACUUAUAAUUUAUUAUUAAAAUGUUGUAUUAAGUGUGAUGACUUGAUCACAAAGAAACAAAUUACUAAUCAUAUUAUGAAGCAUUAUUCUUCUUCUCAAAAAUAGUCAAUAGUAUUAUAUUUGAAAUUAAUGAUUUUUUAAUGUAAAUUUCUCCCUUCCCUUUAAGAUUUGAAAAGUAGGAGGAUUACAAAAUUAUAUAAUAUUUAAUAAAAAGGUCUAUCAUUCAUUU